AUGACAGAAGAAAAAGCUGAAGCAAUAAAAACAAUGAAAUCUUCAGGUCUAACUACAAUGGACACUUACAAUUACAUGGCUACAGAGGCUGGAGGAGAACAUUAUAUAGGUCAUAGUGUUGAACGAUCAAAGGAUCCAAACUUCUUUUUUAGAGUUAAGUUUGGCAAGGAUGGAAGAAUUUCCAAUAUCUUUUGGAGAGAUUCAAUGAUGCUAGAAGACUAUAGGACAUAUGGAGAUGUGCUUGUCUUUGAUACAACAUACAGAACCAACAGAUAUAAUCUUAUAUGUGCUCCAUUUGUUGGAAUAAAUAAUCACUGGCAUAAUUGUAUGUUUGCAUGUGCUUUUAUUGGGGAUGAAAAAACAGAUUCAUUCGUUUGGCUACUGGAAACAUUCUUGAAAGCUAUGGAGAAUAAAAAACCAACUUCAAUAUUCACUGAACAGGACCAAGCAAUGGCAAAUGCAAUUGAGCAGGUAAGUUACCCUUUUAACAGCAUAAAGUGA